CAUCCCCAUGUGAGUAAAUUGUUAUCAAGGGUGUGUGGCAACAGGAUUGAUAAACUAUCGAAAGAUACUGUAAACUUCUUUCUACUCUUAACCUGUCAUCAGUUUUAGUUUCUUCAUAUCUGCCUACAGUGAAGAACAAGAUCCCUACAGUAAACCCACAGCCCCAACAACGACCCACGAUGCGUCUCGCCAGCGGCCACGUCGCAGUCCAGCUCAACGGCGAAGAGCUGGCAGAAAUCCAAAAGGACUUCGAGGGUUUUCGCAAAGGCUUGGUUCGCCUGACACCCGGGGGAUGGCUGUUGCCGGCGCCUUACACCAAGUUCGCAGACAAGAUCUAUAACACGAAGUUCCGUGAGACCGACGUCGUCAUAAUGACGUACCCGAAGUGCGGAACGACGUGGACGCAGGAGGUCGUGUGGACCAUGAGGAACAACCCGAACCUCGACCACCCGAAGGCCAGGGCGCCGGUCAACGUCCGCUCGCCGUUCAUCGAUUCCGACAUGCUCAUGGAAACGGGCAAAGGAGACCAGGAUCAGGCCAGUCCAUUGGAAAAAAUGAUCCAGCAAGUCCUGCCUAACGCCGAUCCCAACGAGGGCAUCGCGCUGCAACUGACCGCCAACAUCCCUGACCCGCGAACCAUCAAGACGCACCUGCCGUUCUCUCUCAUGACCCCUGACCUCCUCGACACGGCCAAGGUGAUCUAUGUGGCAAGGAACCCCAAGGACGUGGUCUUGUCCUUCCUUCACCACAGCCGGCUGAUUAAGGCCAUUGGCUACAUCGGCUCCUUGGAACAAUAUAUAAACUACUUUGUGAAAGACGAUUUGAUCUACGGGCCUUAUUGGGAGCACCUGCGAGAGGCCUGGCCCAGGAGGGAUCACCCCAACAUGCACUUCGUCUUUUACGAAGACAUGAAGGCGGACCCCAUGGCAGAGCUAAGGAAACUGAACCAGUUCCUCGGAACUGACUUGACGGAGGAACAGCUGGAGAAGAUCGCUCACUACACCAGCUUCGGGGAAAUGAAGAAGCGAGAGGAGGAGACGGUUCUACCGAAGGAAAUGGAGUUACUGUUCAAGCAGGAAGUAAAAAAGAAAGACGGAGGAUUAUGCAGGAAAGGCGAGGCCGGUGGUUGGAAGGGUCGCCUCAACGACAUGCAAGAAGCCAAAAUAGACAUUUGGACGAAGAAGAACACGCUAAACCUCGGAAUCAAGUUCAAGUAUUCAUCCUAAUAUCAAGAUGGUGAUGGUGACUUAGUCAAGAGAUGUAAAGUAAUGCCUGGAAAUAAAACACUGUCUUGU